CUUGUUUCAGAAAAACAAAGAGCAUUUCGAAACUUCUUUUAAGACUUCUUUCCAUUUGAUUGAUUUGGAUUUUUGUUGUGUUGUUCAUCUUCUUAAAAAUGACAAAACUAUCGACAUCUCUCUCUGCUCUUCAUUCUCUCGCUGGACCCGUGGUGAUGCUGCUUUAUCCCUUAUAUGCGUCGGUUCUAGCAAUAGAGAGCCCAUCAAAAGUAGAUGACGAUCAAUGGCUUGCUUAUUGGAUACUCUACUCUUUCCUUACCCUCUCGGAACUCAUCCUUCAAUCUCUCCUAGAGUGGAUACCGAUAUGGUACACGGCGAAGUUAGUGUUCGUGGCAUGGUUGGUUCUGCCACAGUUUAGAGGGGCUGCUUUCAUAUAUAACAGGGUCGUGAGGGAACAAUUCAAGAAGUACGGCAUCCUCAAACCUAAGGUAGGGCACCAGGCUGAGUGAAGUCAAAAAGAGGAAGGGGCAUAAAGCGGCUUCACUGUUGGUGCCUCCAAGUUUCUAACCUUUAUGCUUUUUUUCUUUUGUCUUAUUUCUCUUUUGGUUUACGGAAAAAAUGGGUUCAGACUAUGAAUUCUUAUGAGCUAUUUCCUACUUCAAUGUAUGUGAAAACUAAAAGACCUUUGAUCCGACGUUAAUUAAAAAUGUUAUUUUAAGAGAUA